AUGGAUGACGCGCUUGGGGGCAUAGGCGGCUGGAGCUCUUCAACCGGGUGGAAUGAUGCAGAAUUCCCCAAGGAUAUAACUCCGGAAAUCAUUGGAUCAUCCAGGUCUACCAAAGUGAGAAUUGGCAUUGCUGGAGACCACAAGACGCGGAUGGGGAAUGGACAACGAACCCCGGUUUCAUCCUAUCUCAAGGCUGCCAUGGACCUGGAUUACUUGUUCAACCCAUUACGCCCCGAAGGAGCCGGUCAGGUCAGGUCUCCAGGGCAGAUGACCUUGCCUACAACGUACGCUGCGACCAAGCCAGGCUGA